GGCAAUGGCGCAACCUAUAAGAAAAAUGCGUUACUAUCUCAUGGAUGAGAUUUGUAUACACAAUAAAAAGGAGGACUGCUGGAUUGUGAUUUACAGAAAUGUCUUCGAUUUGACGCCAAUGAUUAAGGAUCGUCUCGAUCACUGGAAUUGCAGCAUGGAUUACUUGGUGGCACAUGCCGGCAAGGAUCUCACCCACUUGUUUCAUGAGAAUGGCGAGCCACGCACUGAGAUCUCACUCAGCACCGGCCGUCCACGUGUGCUCUUUCCACCCAUACUGGAGGUGGCCAUCAGCGAAUUCGCCAAGACCAAGCAUGCCAUGUGGAGUCAGGAUCCCUUCUAUCACAUAGGUCGUGUAACGCGACGACCUCGGCGCAUUCGACUGAUUAACACGCUGACUGCAAAAGUUCAGCACAUGAAUGUGUGUGACGAGGAUAGCAUCUAUGACAUACAGGAGAAGUACAAGCAGCGCUUCAAUCAUCAUGCAGGCAGCUACGAGUGGCGCAAAUUCUCAAAUGGCGCCAAGUGCUGUGGUGUUCUUAACUUGAAUGGCACCUUAGAUGAGAAUGGUCUCACUGAUGAUGAGGAUUGUGAUGUGGAAUUGCCGCCGCCAUCCAUCUGGCUAUACUACACUGAUGACCUGACCAUUGCUUGAUUGGGUUUUGCAAUUUGUUUACCAUUAUUGCCGUUUUUUUGGGUUAUUCGAAAAUUGGUUGUGCAUAGUGCAAGUAAAGGGCACAUUUCAAGCUACACUGCGUUUGAGUCGAAGAGGCAUUAAAACAUCAAAACUAAGCUUGGGCAUGGGACUGCUUCUGGCUCUGGUAUUAUAUGGUAUUUAUUUUUAUUUUGAACAAAUGUCAUGGUCGACAUGCGCUGCUAAUAAUAACAAACUGAAAAGUGCAGCGGACUUAUUCAGGGCCACACUGAGAUAAAUUUUUGGGUGUUGAAAUAAAUACU